GAGAGACAAGCAGGAAGUCAGCAUCAUGUCGACCGAGGACCCGUUUUUCGUCGUGAAGGGGGAGGUGCAGAAGGCCCUGUCUCGCGCCCGGGCCCUGUUUGAAAGGUGGGAGGAACUGUUGCAGGAUGGGACGCAGGUCAGCCGUGACGAGCUGGACUGGAGUGCCAACGAGUUGAGGAACUGUCUGAGGGCGAUCGACUGGGACCUGGAGGACCUGAGUGAGACCAUCAGCAUCGUGGAGUCGAACCCGGGGAAGUUCAGACUGGCUGACGACGAGCUCCGGGAGAGGCGGAGCUUCGUGGAGCGGACCAGGAGCGCCGUCCAGGAGAUGAAGGAUCAGCUGUCCAGCCCUUCUGCUGUGGCUCAGGCAGAGAAGAAGAAUAGAGAGGCUCUGCUGACUCCCUCAGCUCAGGACAAGUCGACGGGCCUGGAGGCUCACCUGGUGUCGGCCAACUCCCGAUACAUCCAGGAGCAACAGGAGCAACAACAGGUAACUACGGACACACACACACACACACACCGGUUCUGCUCUAAGUGUGUGUGUGUGUGUGUGUGUGUGUGCGCAGCUGAUCGUGGAGGAGCAGGACGAGCAGCUGGAGUUGGUGUCGGGCAGCAUCAGAGUCCUCAAAGACAUGUCGGGACGCAUCGGGAACGAGCUGGACGAGCAGGCUGUCAUGUUGGGCGACUUCGGGGACGAGAUGGACCAGACGACGUCCCGCAUGGACUCAGUCCUCAAGAAGCUGGAGAAGGUGUCCCACAUGACCAGCAGCCGGAGGCAGUGGUGCGUCAUCGGCGUGCUGGUGGUCGUGAUGAUCGUGGUCCUCGUCCUCUUCUUUGCUCUCUGACCUUUGACCUCUGGAUCAACGCUCACCAGGCGCCUCGCUGUGAGGACGGCCGUGUCUCCUCCUCCUCCUCCUCCUUUCCUUUCCAUUGAGGAGAAGCACAACCUUCCUUCUCUUUUAUUGAUUCGAGUGGGGAAACAAACAACAACAAUAACAACAACAACGACGGAGGAGGAGCUCCUGGCUGAGUGACCCUGGUGGUGUUACGUAUUUAACAUUUCGGUUAUUGUUGAUAACGGUACUCCAUGGGGGGGGAUUUCAGUGUUGCCUUAAAUAUAUUUUUAUAUAUCGUGGACGUGUGCAGUAUGUUUAUGUGCCUACAUGUAGAUCAGGGGGGGGGGGGACCACCAUGGGGACCACCAGGGUGACUACCAUGGGGACCACCAGGUGGACCACCAGGGGGACCACCAUGGGGACCACCAGGGUGACUACCAUGGGGACCACCAGGUGGACCACCAUGGGGACCACCAGGUGGACCACCAAGAGGACUACCAGGGGGACCACCAGUGGGACCACCAAGAGGACUACCAUGGGGACCACCAUGGGGACCACCAGGGGGACCACCAGGAGGACUACCAGGGGGACCACCAAGAGGACUACCAGGGGGACCACCAUGGGGACCACCAGAGGGAGCACCAGGAGGACUACCAGGGGGACCACCAUGGGGACUACCAUGGGGACCACCAUGGGGACCACCAGGAGGACUACCAGGGGGACCACCAUGGGGACCACGAACAGGACCACCAUGGGGACCACCAAGAGGACUACCAGGGGGACCACCAUGGGGACCACCAGGGGGACCACCAUGGGGACCACCAAGAGGACUACCAGGGGGACCACCAUGGGGACCACCAAGAGGACUACCAGGGGGACCACCAUGGGGACCACCAGGAGGACUACCAUGGGGACUACCAGGGGGACCGCGUCGCCCAAAACCCGCCGACUCAUCAUAGAUGCCGGUCGUCCCCCCCCCCCCCCCCUCCUGAGGACCGGCUCCAUGGGGUGAAGUCUGCAGCCGGCUCCCGAUUGGCCGAGGGCUCGGUCGCUCUCGCUGGGCGGCUCCCGGCCAAUGGGGUUCGCCCGUUGAGUUUUUAAUGGAGCUUUAGAUGAGGAGCAGCAGUUACCGGGCAGGAAGUCUCCGCAGGAGGCCCCGAGUCAGGCAGACGGCGCCCUCUGCUGGAGGCCGGGGGUCACGUCAGGUGUGUGUGUGGGGGGGGGCGGGGUCUCUGUAUAAAUAUUUAAAACACGCCUUGAAGUACAAAGACUUUCGAUCAAUUUCACUUGUAAUCAGAUUAAAUUUUUUCACAUUUUAUUUUUUUUCUUUUGCUGAACGGCGGCGUUGCGUAACAUUUAUCCAGAGACAUUUAUUUUGAUUUUUAAACCGAUGAAGGCGGAGGUCAAAGGUCACAGGGUUCCAUGCGGGGCUCCCCCCUCUCACUGACAGAGCUCCUCUCCGUUAUGAUGUCAUCAUUAUUCACCACGCUUUGGUGUGAUGACGUCACAUCUGAGAGACCUUCAGGGUCUGGUCCUAAAACACGGAUCUAAAGGCCUUCUGGUCACCAGAAAGUGACCUCUGACCCCCGAGGGGGCGGGGCUUAAGGCAUUAACGGUCGCUCUGGAGACUGAUCAUGGUCAAAGCUUUAAAUCAGGACGAUGACGUCGACGUCGUGGAGGCCAUGACGUCAUCGAUGUCGUGGAGGCGUGUUUUGUGUUCAAGAUGAAUUAAAGUGCCAAUUCUGUUUGUUCCCGUUGUUAAUAUUAUUAUUAUUAUUUUUGCCGCUUUGCGUCGUGUUUUUUGCACAUAACCAAACUUUAUUCCCGUCGUUCGUGUUCUUGAAACCUUUUUAUUUAACGUUUCGACUUCCACGAACACGACAUGAAGAAUACCUGUUACUCGGCUGCUUCGACAACCGAAUCGUCGUGAUUGUUUUCUGGAGUUUUGAGUUUUAUUAAACUUGUUCAAUGUGA